UUUUAAAAAUUCGUCAAAAAAAAAAAAGAUUCGAAAAGGAUAAUGAUGCAAAAAAGGAUAUUUCACAUUUAGAUUCGCAGGCUUCCUUGCUCUUUUGUGGUUAGUUUCUAUCAAUUAUUUUUAUUUUGGAUAAAACUAAAACCAAGUACAAAUUCUCUGUUUUUCUUUUUGAAAUUUCGAUUUGAAUCGAGAAAAAAAAAAUGGAGGCACUGGAUUACCAUGCGGAAGAGAGGAGAAAGGCGGAGUUCGAUGUGGAAGAGAUGAAGGUCGUUUGGGCUGGUUCUCCUCACGAGUAUGAAAUGUCCGAUCGAGUUGCUCGUGUCGUUGCUAGCGAUCCGGUCUUUCGAAAGGAUAACAGAACUAUGUUAAGUAGGAAGGACUUGUUUAAAGAUACUUUGAGAAAAGUUGCUCAUGCAUGGAAGCGGAUAAUUGAGCUUCAUCUCUCUGAAGAAGAGGUCAAUAAAUUAUGGUUUUAUGUGGAUCAGCCUGCUUAUGCAGAUCUUCACUUUGGAAUGUUUAUACCUGCUAUUAAAGGACAAGGAACUGAUGAGCAGCAAGAGAAGUGGCUGCCAAUGGCGUAUAAGAUGCAAAUAAUUGGAUGCUAUGCACAAACUGAACUUGGUCAUGGCUCCAAUGUCCAAGGGCUUGAGACUACUGCAACAUUUGAUCCUCAAACUGAUGAAUUUGUCAUUCAUAGUCCCACACUGACUUCAAGCAAAUGGUGGCCUGGUGGAUUGGGUAAAGCAUCCACACAUGCUGUGGUUUAUGCUCGUCUUAUAACAGAUGGUCAAGACCUUGGAGUGCAUGGUUUUAUUGUCCAGCUGCGUAGUUUGGAUGAUCACUCACCUCUUCCAGGCAUAACAGUUGGUGAUAUUGGAAUGAAAUUUGGAAGUGGGGCAUAUAACAGCAUGGACAAUGGUGUUCUGAGAUUUGAUCAUGUGCGCAUUCCAAGGAACCAAAUGCUAAUGAGUGUUGCACAGGUUACAAGAGAAGGGAAAUAUAUACAAUCUGAUGUUCCUCGCCAGCUGGUUUAUGGUACUAUGGUCUUUAUCCGACAAAAAAUUGUAUCCGAUGCUUCUUGUGCUUUAUCAAGGGCAGUUUGUAUUGCCACAAGGUAUAGUGCUGUUCGUAGACAAUUUGGUUCACAGAAUAGUGGUCCAGAGACCCAGGUGAUUAACUAUAAAACUCAGCAAAGUAGACUCUUUCCUUUGCUUGCUUCUGCCUAUGCUUUCAGAUUUGUUGGUGAGUGGCUGAAAUGGCUAUACACUGAUGUGACCCAAAGACUGCAAGCCAAUGAUUUCUCCACAUUACCUGAGGUUCAUGCAUGUACUGCAGGGUUAAAAUCCAUUACCUCUUCUGCAACUGCAGAUGCGAUCGAAGAAUGCCGAAAAUUAUGUGGUGGUCAUGGUUAUCUUUCUAGCAGUGGGCUUCCUGAGUUAUUUGCAGUUUAUGUCCCUGCAUGUACUUAUGAAGGAGACAAUUUUGUAAUGCUUUUACAGGUUGCAAGGUUUCUAAUGAAGACGGUUUCACAGCUGGGGUCCGGAAAGAAGCCUGUUGGGACAACAGCUUACAUGGGACGAGCAGAACACCUCAUGCAAUGCUGUUGUGAAGUUGAAAGCGCUGAGGAUUGGCUAAAGCCCAGUGUAAUAUUGGAGGCAUUUGAAGCAAGGGCUGCUGGGAUGUCUGUUACCUGUGCGAAAAACCUUAGCAAAUUUUCAAAUCCAGAAGAGGGUUUUGCUGAACUCUCAGCUGAUUUGGUUGAGGCUGCAGUUGCUCAUUGUCAGUUAAUUGUUGUUUCCAAGUUCAUUGAGAAACUGCAACAAGACAUACCAGGAAAGGGAGUGAAAAGACAGUUGGAGAUCCUCUGUAAUGUAUAUGCUUUGUAUCUUGUACACAAACAUCUUGGUGAUUUCAUCUCCACCGGCUGCAUUACCCCCAAGCAAGGUGCACAAGCAAAUGAACAGCUCAGAUUAUUGUAUUCUCAGGUCCGCCCAAAUGCUAUUGCUCUUGUUGAUGCAUUCAAUUACACUGACCACUAUCUUAGCUCGAUUCUCGGUCGCUAUGAUGGAAAUGUGUAUCAAAAACUCUAUGACGAAGCAUGGAAGGAUCCUUUGAAUGACACCGAUGUGCCAGAUGGUUAUCAUGAGUACAUUCGGCCAAUAUUGAAGCAACACAUUCUCACUGCAAGACUCUAAAAUAAAAACCAAUCAUGUACCAUGCCGUUGGUUCAACAUUUGAACUGUAUAAUAGGUUAUGAAUGAAUGAAGUGCCGUUAUAUUGACCGCCCGAAAGAAGAAGGUCAGGUUCACUUCUCUAGGCAGCUAUUUACGGCUGAUUAGUUAUUUAUCAAGUGUGGCAGGAGAUCUUUAAAUAUAAUGUAGUGUGAUACAAUGAAGGAUAUGUUUUUA